AAGGUUUACAAUUCACAGGGAAAGAUAAUAUGAGGUCACAUUUCAAAUAUCUAAUGCUUUAACUUUUUUUUGCAGAUUAAUAAACAUACUGAAGCAUUUUAUGGAGCUAGAAUGGCAGUGAAAGGAAUUUUAAUUAUUUACUUCCAAUUAGGUAUUUUAAAUAGAGAAACAUGGGGCUAUUUUGGGCCUUGUUUUUGAAAUUUUAGGCCUUCAGUUGGUCAUAAGAAACAGGAGUUAAUCUCAGCGUUUGAAUAUUUCCUCUUUUCUAACUUGACUAAAAUGUUGAAGUUCAAAAUGGCUUAUUCAUAUUUUGGUUUAACUUUUUCCUAUAAGUUACUUUAAAUUAGUGUGUGAAUUUUAAUAAAUAUUUUGACUGGAAUCUUUCAGUUGGAUUCUGUAGCUUUGCUUUUGAUUGUCCAGCUUGAACUAGGACUGCAAGAAUGUGUUAUGCUUAUGCAAGUGAUCGGCAUGAAAGGUUAUUUUUUAUCUCCACUGUUAUCUAAGAGUUUUGCAACUAUUCAUAGGGUGCUUAUUUUUAAAACUUUGACAUUUUCUCCAGGUUUAAGUUUGUUUUAUAAUACACGUUCCUCACUGCCACAAUGAGGCUAGUAAUUCUUGAAGAUUAUGAUCAGGCUAGUGAAUGGGCAGCAAAAUACAUCUGUAAUCGUAUUAUCCAGUUCAAGCCAAGUCAAGGAAGAUAUUUCACGCUUGGUCUACCAACAGGUAGUACGCCUUUGGGAUGCUACAAAAAGCUGAUAGAAUAUCACAAAAAUGGAGAUCUCUCUUUCAAAUAUGUAAAGACUUUCAACAUGGAUGAGUAUGUAGGGCUCCCUAGAAAUCAUCCAGAGAGUUAUCAUUCCUAUAUGUGGAAUAACUUCUUUAAGCAUAUUGACAUAGAUCCAAAUAAUGCUCAUAUCCUUGAUGGGAACGCUCCAGACUUACAGGCGGAAUGUGAUGCAUUUGAAAAGAAAAUUGAAGAAGCGGGAGGGAUUGAUCUGUUUGUUGGAGGCAUUGGUCCAGAUGGCCACAUUGCAUUCAAUGAACCCGGAUCAAGUUUGUCUUCAAGAACAAGAUUAAAGACUUUAGCAAUGGACACCAUUUUGGCAAAUGCUAAAUACUUUGAUGGAGACUUAUCUAAAGUACCAACUAUGGCGCUAACAGUUGGUGUGGGUACAGUGAUGGAUGCUAGAGAAGUAAGAACUCAUUUAGUUCUAGUUGCAUGUGUGUUUUCAAGACUAGUUGGUAUUGAUACUGGGAUUGAAAGUAAAGAGACCUUUGUUUUGCAGGUGAUGAUUCUUAUAACAGGUGCACAUAAGGCUUUUGCAUUGUACAAAGCAAUUGAAGAAGGAGUCAAUCAUAUGUGGACAGUUUCUGCUUUCCAGCAACACCCUCGCACUAUCUUUGUGUGUGAUGAAGAUGCUACUUUAGAACUAAGAGUCAAAACUGUGAAGUACUUUAAAGGUUUAAUGCAUGUGCACAAUAAGCUUGUGGACCCACUGUACAGUAUGAAAGAAAACUGAAAGAAGAAUUGAAGAGGAACUCCAUGUGGGUCAACAGCAACCGUUUUAGGUAGCAGAUGAGUUCACUGCUAUGCAAUAUGCUGAAAACCGUUUAAAAGGGGGAAUCCUACGUACUGUAUUUUUUAAAAGGUCCAAUAUCUGUACAUUCACAUUCCAUCUGUUUGCUGUGUUGUGCAUUUUGCUUUAACAUUUGGAGCUUUGCUGUUGGGUUGUACAUCACUAAAUGGAACAGAAUAAACCUGUGAGAGACUGCAUGUUAUGUAGAGAGGGGAAAAGCAGAGCACUUACUCUAGCACAGCAGUGUAAUGCAUCUGCCUUGUGUUAAAGAUGAUACUUUAUUUCCUGGAAUUUGUAAUUUUUGGCUUGAUUAGUGUAACUACAUUUUGCAUUUGUGUCUCUAGGCAGAAUGGUUUUGGCCUUUGUCAAUACUAUGGACUUGUAAUAGUUGUACAAUUUCUACUAUGAAACGUUCUGUUUACAUGUAUCUAAUAUACACUGAGCUUUUGCACUUGGUUGCCUUAAAUUUAUCUUAAACAGUUUUUGGGCAUCUCAAGACCUGCUGUAUAGUUCAGACAAAUGAAAAUACAAGAACAGUGCCUAAAAAUGCACCAAAUUUUUGCAAGUUAUAACUUACUCCACGGAUAAAAAUAUUAAACUUCUGCCAUAGCACUUUUUCCUCUCAUGUAUUUCAAGUUACUUUAGGAUUUUUAUAUUUUUGGUAAUCAAGCUUUAUACAUAAGGAAAAAUCUAAAUGUUCUUUUCUGGAGGUACCUGUUCAAUUAUAUAAUUGAUGUUACUAUUAAAUACCUGAAAAGAUGUUAAGUUACAGGAACAUAAUGUCUGCAAAUUUAAUGGUCAUUUAAAGCCAACUGUUAAUCACUUUCUCAUUGUAUCAUUAUAAACAUUGAGCUGUUACAAGGAAUGUUAUUUCCUACUUUGAAUAUAAGUAAAACUUAAAUAUAAAUCUCUAA